AUGGGCAUCCUUCCUACCUCCGACAAGUUCCCCGUCCUCGUCGUCCUCAACCCACACUCUGGACGCAAACAAGGCCUCGAAGCCUGGGAGAACACCGUCAAGCCGGCCCUCAACGCCGCCAACAAACCCUUCCGUCUUAUCGAAAGCAACUCCCAGGGACAUGUCAUCUCCUACUUUGCGGAUAACAUCAAACCCAUCAUCACCGACCUCGCCCAGUCCCUCAGCACCGUCACCCCAGGAGCUGGCGACGAUGAAACGAUCGUAUACCCAACAUCUGCCAAGCUGCAGAUCAUUGUCUUGGGUGGCGACGGGACCGUUCACGAGAUCGUCAAUGGCAUCCUGAAGGGCGUUGAGGGCACCGGCUUUGUGACGGAUGCCUUCCGCCCGGAGGUCGAGUUCUCAGUUAUCCCCACGGGUACAGGAAACGCCAUCUCGACCAGCCUUGGCGUGACGAGCGUGCAGGACGCGGUCGAUCGCUUUAUUACAGGAAAGACAGUCCCACUGCGUUUGAUGUCCGUGGUCACACAAACAUUGCAACUCUACACGGUCGUCGUCAACAGCUAUGGCCUUCAUUGCGCAACCGUCUAUGACUCGGAAGAGUUCCGCCACUUGGGCAACGAUCGCUUCCGCCAAGCGGCCAUGAAGAACGUUGAGAACCUGAAGCAGUACGAGGGCAAGCUGUCGUUCUAUGGCCCCACCCAACGAUAUAACCGCGCCUCGGCAUCCCUUGUCGAUACUAGGGCCGAAAACGACAUUGCGCAGGCCGACAACAAAAGUGCCGCCGCCACACUUACUUUGUCAGGACCAUUCACCUACCUCCUCAUCAGCAAACAGGCAUCCCUCGAGCCAGGAUUCACUCCAACACCCUUUGCAAAGACAUCUGACGACUGGAUGGACGUCUUGGCAGUCCAAAAUGUGGGCCAGGCCGAGAUCAUGCAGAUGUUUGGAUCCACAGCCACCGGAACCCAUGUGAACCAGGACCACGUCGAGUACAUCAAGGCAAGGACCAUUGAACUGGAGACCCCCACCCAAGGACGGCUCUGCAUCGACGGAGAGUUCUUGACUAUCGAGGCCGGAUCAGAGGGCAAGGUCCGUUUCGAGGUCACCUCUGAUCCCAACAUCCAAAUCUUUCACAUUUUUGCGUAG